AUGACGCGAUCCGCGCCGAGUUGGGGCCCGAGGAGGCUGUUGGCCGUGGCCGCCACCUUCGCCACCAGCACCCUCGCCGACUCGAUCCUCAAGACCAGCAGCUUCACCACCUGCGGCAACGACUCCGCCAUCACCGUGCAGAAGAUUGACAUUCAGUACAACAACGACGACAAGACUGUCACUUUUGACGUGGCAGGAACGAGCGCCAAGAGCCAGAACGUAACCGCUGUGUUGGAUGUUACCGCCUACGGAACCGCCAUCUACUCCAACAGCUUCAACCCGUGCGAUGCCGGCACCUACGUCGAGCAGCUUUGCCCUGUUCCCGCCGGAUCCUUCUCUGCUCGCGGAACCCAGAAGAUCCCCGAUGAGUAUGCCAGCAUGGUCCCGGCCAUCGCCUUCCAGGUUCCCGACAUUGCUGCCCAGGCCAAGCUGCAGCUCAACACGCUCGACUCCUCAACCCAGGUUGCCUGCAUCACGUCCCAGGUCACCAACGGCAAGACCGCCAGCGUUGCCGCCGUUUCGUACGUCGCCGCCGGCGUUGCCGCCCUCGCUCUCGUUGCCGGCGGCGUCUCUGCCGUCAGCGGUGCCUUCGCCGGAACGAGCGCCGCACUCAGCGGCCACGGCGGCGCCGGCACCAUGAGCCCCAGUUUCACCGAGGUUGCUGGCUGGUUCCAGGGCAUGGCCAUGAACGGCAUGCUCUCCGUCAACUACCCUCCCGUCUACCGCAGCUUCACCAAGAACUUUGGCUUCUCCACCGGCAUCAUCCCCUGGACCGACAUGCAGAUCGCGAUUGACAACUUCCGCGGAGCCACCGGCGGCGACCUCACCAAGGACAGCAUCGAAGUCCUCAAGAACAGCACCCUCGUCCUCAGCGACGGCUCUACCAUUGACGGUAACAGCACCCUCUUCAAGGCCAAGCGUGCCAUGGAGACCUUUGCCCUCCUCGCCAGAGACAUUGAGACGAGCGUCAACGGAACGACCAGCGGCGACGCCGGCGACGACCCCGUCAGCACCAUCAAGCAGAAGGUCCAGGGCAUCACUGCCUUUGUCAACACCCUCAGUGUCCCCAAGUCCAACACUUUCAUGACCGUCCUCCUCAUCGUCGCCAUCAUCAUCGCCGCCAUCAUCGUCGGCAUUCUCCUCGUCAAGGUCAUCCUCGAGUUCUGGGCCCUCUUCGGCAGCUUCCCCAAGGGUCUGGCCGGUUUCCGCGAGCACUACUGGGGAUCCAUCGCCCGCACCAUCACCCAGCUCAUUCUCCUGCUCUACGGCAUCUGGGUCCUGUACUGCAUCUUCCAGUUCACCAACGGCGACUCGUGGGCGGCCAAGGCGUUGGCCGGUGUCAGUCUGGGCAUCUUCACGGCCAUCCUCGCCUUCUUCUCCUACAAGAUCUGGAGCACUGCUCGCAAGCUGAAGAACGCCGAGGGUGACGUCAGCGGCCUGUACAACGACAAGUCCAACUGGAUGAAGUACUCCCUCUUCUACGAGUCCUACAAGAAGAGCUACUGGUGGAUCUUUGUCCCCGUCAUCAUCUACGCGUUCGCCAAGGGCACCAUCCUCGCCGCCGGCGACGGCCACGGCAUGGCGCAGACCUCUGCCCAGCUCAUCGUCGAGGGCCUGAUGCUCAUCCUCCUGCUCUGGGCCCGCCCCUUUGAGCGCAAGUCGGGCAACGUCAUCAACAUCGCCAUCCAGGUCGUCCGUGUCCUGUCCGUCGCCUGCAUCCUCGUCUUCGUCGAGGAGUUUGGCAUCGCCCAGACCACCCAGACCGUCACCGGUGUCGUUCUCAUCGCUGUCCAGUCCGCCCUCACCGGCGUCCUGGCUCUCCUCAUCAUCUGGAACGCCGUCAACGCCUGCAUCAAGGAGAACCCCCACCGCAAGCGCAGAAAGGAGAUGGAGAAGAUGCAGCGUGACCUUGACACCCUCACGCCGCUCGACGCCCGCAACUCCCUCCUCAUGGACCGCAAGGACCCCGAGCACGGCACCACCUUCUCCAUGAGCAGCGUCCCCGAGAAGAAGGGCGGCCGCCCCGAGUCGCCCGACGCCUACCUCGGCGCCGCCGGCCACGCCCCGUACCACCCCCUGACGCCCAACACGCCUUACAACAACCCUAACGAGAGCAGGGACAACCUUGUUCUCGGCGCGGCACCCAUCGCCGACAGGAACCCCACGCUGCCCAACGUCGGCGGCGGGCCUGGCUACCAAGGCGGAUACGGAGGAGGCGGUGGCUACCGCGGAGUGUAUCACUAA